CGGGCAGCAAAAGGAGCGGGCACUGAUUGGUGGUUUGAGCUCCGACCAACCGCCGCCGCCGCCUGAAAGCGAGCGGCGCACCGACAGGGGACGGGCCGAUAUCAACAGCAACACUGCGGGUCUGGGAGAAGUGCUAAUAUGGUUUAAAGAACGCCGGCUGUGAUAUAUAUAUAUUUUAAAAAAACCUUCCUUUCAUUGCGAAUAAUUCCCGGGGCUUGGCCUGGGUUUCCAGGGAGCAGUUACAUCCCGAGAGCAGAAGCCUUGGACUGUGGAUUAUCGGGUUUUUCAGCCAGUGAGAAAGAGAAGGUGGGGUCGCCAGAAGGAGAGCAGCGCCGAGCGGAGCCGAGCAGCCUGCUUUACCCGGCUGCUUCACUAUCAAUCAGUCUUUUCGUUUCAUUGGCGUUGUCUGGAAAAUUUCAUUUUUUUUCUGUUUUGUGUUGAAUUCCUUAACUGAUCUACAAGGGAAACGGUUUUUUUUAUCGAAUUCACCGAUUGGAGAGUUUUUUUCUACUUUGAAAUCCCAUUCUCAAAAUUCUGAUUUUAAUUAUCGACUAUGGCCGACGACGACGUCCUGUUUGAAGAUGUAUAUGAGCUGUGUGAAGUGAUUGGCAAGGGACCAUUCAGUGUUGUGAGAAGAUGUAUCAACAGAGAAACAGGACAGCAGUUUGCUGUGAAGAUUGUAGAUGUGGCCAAAUUCACCUCCAGUCCUGGCCUGAGUACGGAAGAUUUGAAGAGAGAAGCCAGUAUCUGUCAUAUGCUGAAACAUCCACACAUUGUAGAACUACUGGAAACGUACAGCUCAGAUGGAAUGCUCUAUAUGGUUUUUGAAUUUAUGGAUGGUGCAGACCUCUGUUUUGAAAUUGUGAAACGGGCAGAUGCAGGUUUUGUUUACAGUGAAGCCGUAGCCAGUCACUACAUGCGACAGAUACUAGAAGCACUACGCUAUUGUCAUGACAAUAAUAUCAUUCAUCGCGAUGUGAAGCCACACUGUGUGUUACUUGCUUCGAAGGAAAACUCAGCACCUGUGAAACUCGGUGGAUUUGGAGUGGCCAUACAAUUAGGAGAAUCUGGGCUUGUUGCUGGAGGUCGUGUAGGAACACCACAUUUCAUGGCACCAGAAGUUGUCAAAAGGGAACCAUAUGGAAAACCAGUUGAUGUUUGGGGUUGCGGAGUUAUACUUUUUAUUCUUCUUAGUGGCUGUUUGCCAUUUUAUGGAACAAAGGAAAGAUUGUUUGAUGCUAUUAUUAAAGGAAAACAUAAGAUGAACCCUAGGCAAUGGAUCCAUAUCUCCGAGAGUGCAAAGGAUUUGGUCCGUCGUAUGCUCAUGUUGGACCCUGCAGAAAGGAUAACUGUUUAUGAGGCACUCAACCAUCCUUGGCUUAAGGAACGAGAUCGUUAUGCAUACAAAAUUCACCUCCCAGAAACCGUGGAACAGCUGAGGAAAUUUAAUGCAAGAAGGAAAUUGAAGGGGGCAGUGCUAGCAGCUGUAUCAAGCCACAAGUUCAAUUCUUUCUAUGGAGACCCUCCUGAAGAGCUGCCUGAUUUCUCUGAAGACCCCACUUCCUCAGGGGCUGUUUCACAGGUACUGGAUAGUUUGGAGGAAAUCCAUGCACUAACAGAUUGCAGUGAAAAAGACUUGGAUUUUUUGCACAGCGUUUUCCAGGAUCAGCACCUUCAUACACUACUUGAUUUGUACGACAAGAUCAACACAAAGUCAUCACCACAGAUUAGGAAUCCACCAAGUGAUGCUGUCCAGAGAGCCAAAGAGGUGUUGGAAGAGAUUUCAUGCUAUCCAGAAAACAAUGAUGCAAAGGAAUUGAAGUGUAUCCUAACACGGCCUCAUUUUAUGGCCUUGCUGCAGACUCAUGAUGUCGUGGCACAUGAGGUGUACAGUGAUGAAGCACUGAGAGUUACACCACCACCAACUUCUCCUUAUUUGAACGGUGACUCACCAGAAAGUGCAAACGGAGACAUGGACAUGGAAAAUGUAACACGUGUUCGGCUGGUCCAGUUCCAGAAAAACACAGAUGAACCUAUGGGGAUCACUUUAAAAAUGAAUGAGUUGAACCACUGUAUCGUAGCAAGGAUAAUGCAUGGAGGAAUGAUCCAUAGACAAGGAACACUCCAUGUUGGUGAUGAAAUCAGAGAAAUAAAUGGCAUCAGUGUAGCUAACCAGACAGUGGAGCAGCUUCAAAAGAUGCUUAGAGAAAUGAGAGGUAGUAUCACCUUCAAGAUUGUGCCAAGUUAUCGCAUUCAGUCUGCUUCCUGUGAGAGAGAUUCCCCCUCCACAUCCAGACAAUCCCCAGCUAACGGCUAUAGCAGCACUUAUAAUUCUGUUUCGGACUUGCCCUCAACUACACAACCAAAAGGACGACAGAUUUAUGUUCGAGCACAAUUUGAAUAUGAUCCAUCAAAGGAUGAUCUUAUACCUUGUAAAGAGGCUGGGAUCCGGUUCCGAGUUGGAGAGAUCAUACAGAUCAUCAGUAAGGAUGAUCACAAUUGGUGGCAGGGCAAAUUAGAAAACUCUAAAAAUGGUACAGCUGGACUCAUUCCCUCUCCUGAACUCCAGGAAUGGCGUGUUGCAUGUAUAGCAAUGGAAAAGACCAAACAAGAGCAACAGGCUAGCUGUACCUGGUUUGGAAAGAAGAAGAAACAAUACAAGGAUAAGUACUUGGCCAAACACAAUGCAGUCUUUGACCAACUAGAUCUUGUUACAUACGAAGAGGUAGUAAAACUGCCAGCCUUCAGAAGGAAGACACUAGUGUUACUAGGUGCCCAUGGAGUAGGGCGAAGGCACAUUAAAAACACUCUGAUCACAAAGCAUCCAGACAGAUUUGCGUACCCUAUUCCACACACUACCAGACCUGCCAGAAAAGAUGAAGAAAAUGGUAAAAAUUACCAUUUUGUUUCACAUGAUCAAAUGAUGCAGGAUAUUUCCAAUAAUGAAUAUCUUGAGUAUGGCAGCCAUGAGGAUGCAAUGUAUGGAACAAAGCUGGAAACGAUACGCAAAAUCCAUGAACAAGGACUGAUUGCAAUACUAGAUGUUGAGCCCCAGGCACUGAAGGUUUUGAGAACUGCAGAGUUUGCCCCAUUUGUUGUUUUCAUUGCUGCCCCAACCAUCACUCCUGGCAUGACUGAGGAUGAAUCUCUUCAGCGUCUGCAGAAGGAAUCAGAAAUUCUACAGAAAACAUAUGCACACUACUUUGAUCUAACCAUAAUCAACAAUGAAAUAGAUGAGACUAUCAGGCAUCUGGAAGAAGCCAUUGAACUUGUGUGUACUACACCACAGUGGGUUCCUGUAUCCUGGGUAUAUUAAGGACUAUACAGAAAAACCAUGAACUUUAUCAUUCCCUAACACCAUCCUGACAUUAGACUUUGUAAAUGACCUUGCAUCAAGUCUUGCCCUUAUAGACAGCCUAGGUUAGUGUGCCCUAAAUUUUUUUGACUAUUGUCAUGUCCUACUAGAUGGAUUGAGAGAGAAAAAAAUUACCAAAUGCAUAUAGUGAUGGUGUCCCUUUUUAAAGCUUGUGAGGGUUGUACUUGUUAUCAAAAAUCAGAUCUACAUAUGUCUUCUGAUCUAUCCAUUCCAAAUGUUCCACUUGAAUCUGCCAAAUUUAUUUGAAUGCUUGUUUUCACUGACCAAAUCCCACAAACCUACCCAAUUUCUGAAGUAAAUGUUUUUCAAUUACUAUGAAUCUAUUUAAUUUGACAGUAUAAGUAGUACAGUCCAACUACCCUGCUGACUAUUUGAAACUUAAUUUAAAUUUGGUGAUAAAGCAUUAUAAAUGCAGAAUAUAAAUGUUUUAAAGUCCCCAAAUAACAAUCAAAAAGUUAUAGGCACAAGCAUUAAUUAAUAUUUUAAGCCUGCAAAGUUAUAGGUGUAGUAAGAGCAUGAAGUAGGUUUGAUUUUUUUUUUAACAUAAGCCAGUCAAGGCUGAUAAAGGGAUGCCGUCAUUUACAAUUUAAAAAUGUACAAACAUUUUAGGAAUUUGGAUCAGGUUUUACUGCAUGUGGACAGUUACAAGCAUUCAUGCUGUUGGUGUAUCUGUGUUGGAAACUGUAUUCUACAGCAACGUACAUUCCAUUUGUUGGAAAAAUUACCCAAGGGAAUUAUUAUUCAAAAAACUGUAAACCUAUGCACAUCCCUUGCAUUGUGGGCAAGUUUAUAAAUGACUGAUUUUUAAUCAUGUAGUGAAACGUGUUUGUACUUUGUUGCAAUUUAAUUUGUUCUAAGGGGAAGAGUUUUGCCAUUUCAAAUAAGUGUCGUCUUUGAAUAUAAAUAUUUUAAUUACGUUCCGUCUGGAAAAAAAUGGUUUAAUUUUUAUCAUUGAAGUAAAUGUAUUAAAAAUGCACAAAUUUACUAAAGAAAUAGUGUGCAAAGAAAAAAUAGUUUGUGGUCAGAUAUAAGCAGUUCAGCUCACACCACUACUUCAUUCAGACUGGCCUACAAUGCUUCUGAAAAUGACAACAAACACAGCAACUGCAAUUGGGCAUUUUAGAAAAAAAAUUGUUCCUUUUACGUGGUCAGCUUUUUUUUAUUUUUUUAUUAUUCCCUAAUUGUCUUUCUACAAGCUUAUAUUGAACUCACCCUAACCCAGCUUUGUAAAAUUAAAUAGGCUGCAAAUAUCGACCUUCAGAGCUGCCUAAGACAUGUUUCAAUUACAGGGCUGUAAGUUCUAUACUCUUGUAACUGGUCACUGGUAAGACCAGUAUGGUGCUGGCUGUUGGGAACUGAACAGUACCUCUGAUCAUGUAAUAUAAAAAUGAAAAGACUGUGGAAAAAUGUAAACAGAAAUGAAGCACAACGUCACAACUGGAAUUUAUUGAGCAUUUUCAUAUUUUCUGGAAAGUCCAUUCAGAUGUAGAGAAAUGGUAUUUUAUAAAACUGUUCCCACCAGGAUUUUAGAGCACAGACAUUGCCUUAAGACAUUUUGUAACUUAAUUCCUGCUUUCUUUGAUGUAAUACCAUUCUUAACAGAAUUGGAAGGAUAUUUAGAUAUCUGUUACACAUUUCAAAAAGUGCAUAUUGUUCAAUAUUGCAUAAAUGCUGUGGAUGCUUUGAAACGCAAUUGGCCAUGGAAAUUUGUAUUAAAGGACAAGUGGUACAGCU